AUGAAAUUUUUGCAGAAAAUACUAAAAACAGGGUUGUUCAAAAGUAGUUACUGGUUAUUUGAAAACAAUACAUAUAGUUUAAAUUUUAAACUAGUAAGGAGAUCAUCAGUAGCAAAAAUUCUCAAUAAAGAAUAUUAUGGUAGAAGAGGAAAUUAUUAUAAAGAAGAGUAUACUUAUAAAACAAUAUACUUAGAAGGUUGUAAGAUUGGAAUCAAACGAAUAGCACAAUGCACUGACGAGUAUGAAAAAGAAGAAACAUUUACGAUAACUGCAAGAGAAUUACAAAUCACACCAUAUAGACCAGCUUUGCUAACCUUCAAUGUUUAUCCAUUUGACAGUACGUGGCAGGAAAAAUCUAUAUCACCGUCUUCGGAGUGCCUUAACGGAGGAUUUUCAGACGAAAACGGUUGUAAGUGUCCUCCCGGCUUCAAAGGCAAUAAAUGCGAACAUGGAUGUGGACCGAACACGUUUGGCGUUGACUGCACCGGAAUGUGUUCAAUGCACCAGACGCAAUGUCGGCAGAUGAUUUUUUGUACCAAUGGUUUUGGGUGCAAGUGUCCGGCAGGAUAUACAGGAGACAAUUGCACCACAGAAUGUAAAAAUGGUACGUAUGGCGUAAAUUGCGAACAACAAUGUUCAGAGAGAUGUAUAUCGAAGUCAUGUGACGGUUACACUGGUGUUUGCGACAAAGGAUGUACGGAAAAUUACAUUGCUCCAGAUUGCAAAGAAAAGUAUCCGUGGCUGAUAUCACCGCCAGAACUGGAAUCCUCUGAUUUUAAUUCAAUAAAAUUGAAAAUUGAUUUUAAUUCAGAAAAUAUAGAAGGCAGUAGCAAGGUCAACUCUCUCUAUUACCAAAUCAUAUUUAAGGAAGAAAUAUUGACAAUAGCUGCAAAAGAAUUACAAAAGACAACAUAUGAAGCAUCUCUGCUAACCUUCAAUGUUUAUCCAUUUGACAGUACGCGGCAGGAAAAAUCUGUAUCACCGUCUUCGRAGUGCCUUAACGGAGGAUUUUCAGACGAAAACGGUUGUACGUGUCCUCCCGGCUUCAAAGGCAAUAAAUGCGAACAUGGAUGUGGACCGAACGCGUUUGGCGUUGACUGCACCGGAAUGUGUUCAAUGCACAAAACAAAAUGUCGGCAAAUGAUGUUUUGUAUCAACGGUUUUGGAUGCAAGUGUCCGGCAGGAUAUACAGGAGACAAUUGCACCACAGAAUGUACGAGUGGUACGUAUGGCGUAAAUUGCGAGCAACAAUGUUCAGAGAGGUGUAUAUCGAAAUCGUGUGAUGUUUACACUGGUGUUUGCGACAAAGGAUGUACGGCAAAUUAUAUUGCUCCAGAUUGCAAAGAAAAAUAUCCGUGGCUCAAGUCACCGCCAGAACUG